GGCAACCCACGAUCAUUGGGGCAGCGCGGAUCCUUAUAUGCAGGCAGGCUGCGCCACGCUUCGGGAGGACGGACGGAGUAAGAUCUCAGCAACGAAAGGAUGGAGGGUCUGAAGGAGACAUUGGGAACUUUGGAUUGAGGAGAGGAGGGGACGAGGGACGGAAGAGCGCCCGAAGAACGACAGUUUUUUUCUUGGAUAUUUUUUGUCAGCUUUUUCUAGGAGGGAUUUUGGAUAAUUUUUGCGGUUGAUCAAAAUGCCAUUUGCCAAAAGGAUUGUGGAACCUCAGUUACUGUGCAGGCUACCUAUUCCAAAUGACGAAGGCUCGCUCAACAUUGAGGAUCUGUGCUCCAUCAAUAAUGUGGUGCUCUCCCGGACCUUGCGGCAGCUCUCCGACCUGGCCAAACAUGCCUGCUCCCUAUUUCAGGAGCUGGAGAACGAGAUCAUGUCCACCAACCAGAGGGUCUGGGUUCUGCAGAAUAAAAUUGGGAGGAUCCAACAGACCGCCAGCGGUCUAGAUCCCAAAAAGGAGGCAGUGCCCGUCUCCAACCUGGAUGUGGAGAGUAAGCUGACGGUUCACUACCAGGCCCCAUGGCACCAACACCACAACGUGUUUCACCCCUGCAGCCGGCCACCAUGCGUAGAGGAGCUCCACAGGCAUGCCAAGCAGAGCCUGCGAGCCCUGCACAGAGACCAACAGCAACGUCAACGGUCGACCAGCAGCGAGCGCAGAGUGACCAUCUCCAUCUCUGGGGCUCCUCCGAUGCCCACCCUCCCUUCCCCACGCACCCUCAGACGGCACGAGCAGAGGGGCAGGCACAGCCGUGCGGUAAGGGGAGACACGUCUUUACAGGCUUUUACUCCAGCCCUACACAAUUUUAUUGUCAAGCAGCAGGCGAGACCAGAGAGAGAGAUAGAAUAUCAACCACGGAAGGAGAGACACAUGAGAGAGACAGACAUCCAGACAAUACAAAGAAAGGAGAGACCUGGAAGGGAGGUUCACUGUCACACUAUACAGAGAAAGGCUGCCACUACCAUAGACCCUGAUGCAGAGCCUGCAGUGGGCCACAGGUCUAAGUGUGCUAUCCCCAACCCCCCCUCCACGCUGGACAAGCAGACCAACUGGUCCAAGGCCCUGCCACUGCCCACUCCCCAGGAGAGGAUGAAGAGUGACCCAGCUGUCGUGUCCUCAUGCAUCAUCCCCAUCAAUGUCACUGGGGUGGGGUUCGACAGGGAGGCUAGCGUGCGCUGCUCCCUGGUACACUCCCAGUCUGUGCUGCAGAGGAGGAGGAAGCUGAGAAGGAGGAAGACCAUCACUGGUAUCCCCAGACGAGUUCAACAGGACAUGGACUCUGAUGAGUCUCCGGUGGCGAGGGAGAGGACAGUGAUCAUCCACGCCAACCCUCACCUGUCCCUCUGUCAGGAGGAGCUCUCCCUCCGAGGGGGACACACCAAGGACUCCGGCUGCCAGACGGAUGACUGCCUGACCGGUGGCGGUGGCGCCCCGUCCAGGAGACGUAUACGUGCCCAGCGCGGCGGCCAGGGGGGCAUCCCCGCCUCCCUCUCCCACUCCACAGGGAACAUCUCCUCGCUUCCCGACCACCCUGACACCGCCAUGUACACCGCCUCGGGCUCCCGCCUACGCUCCCGCAGCCUCCCCCGCGAGGGAGGCCGCAUCCGCGACGAGGACCAGGACGACAGUGAUGAAGAUGACGAUGAUGAUGACGACGAUGAUGAUGAUGACGAUGAGGAGCUCUCUCCGUACGAGACGGGAACGGGGCCGAGGAUGUUGAAGGACGAGGAGGAGAGUGCGGACGACCAGGCCAUGCCAGAGCUGCAGCAAGGAGACGGGGGGAGUCCAGAACACAUGUGGAUGGAGAGGGGUCGCUCCCGUCUCCCCCGUCAGGUUGACAUGGGGAGCUGUGAGAUCUCCUCCAGCUCAGACACCUUCAGCAGCCCUAUCCACUCUGUCUCCACCACGGGGGUGCUGAGAGGACAGAUAGACCACAAGGAGGACCACCAGUCGUCCAGUGGUAACUGGAGUGGCAGCAGUUCCACAUGCCCCUCCCAGACCUCUGAGACACUCCCCCCUGCCGCCUCCCCCCCUCUGACCGGCUCCUCCCACUGUGACUCGGAGCUGUCGCUCAACGCUGCGCCGCACGCCAUCGAUGACCUCACCGGCUUCAUCAUCGACCCGUACCACUCGGACCGGCCGCAGGACCAGGGUCAUAGGUCCAGCUCCUUCACAUCCUCAGCCACUGACCAGCUGGAUGAUGCCGGGGUCAGCACUGCCAGCGAGGGAGAGUGGGCCUACCCCCAGGACCAGGCUGACCAGGAUCAGCUGUGUGGUCAGGACUUCAGCCCCAGGCGUUCCUCCAGGGGGGACCAGACCAGGAUAGACUUCACCAGCAUCAACACCUACGACGGCUUCUCAGACCGAGCUCCUCCUACUGCUGCAGCAGACUCCCAGGGCUUCUACUCCUCCUCCAUGCAGGCUCAGAGUUACAGGAGCUACAUGUCCAGCUAUGCAGCCGUGGGCUCUGGCGCUGACUGUGGCCAGGGUAACACUGUGGGCGCGACGCCCGGCGCGGGAGAGGGUAUGGCUGGGUACCUUCCUCAGUCCUCUGACUACAGGGGAGCCACCUUAACGCUAGGGAGGCCGUGUCGUACGCUGAAGAAACCAAAGGUCAAACCACCCCCACCAAAACGGAGCUCAUCGUUGAAGGAGACGUGUAGCGCUGGUGCUCCAGAGAACGUCCCCCCUGAGCAGGGCGAUGAGCAGGGCGACCAGGACCAACCAAAGAUACAUAGUAGUGGGCAGACCCAGACCCAGACCCUGAACCUGCCCGUGUCUUCCAUAGACAGAGAGAUGAGGCUGCAGCUGGACAUGGCCAGCCCAGGGCAGAUGGAGAAUCCUGGGUUGGAGGGUGAGGAGGCCGGGGUGUGUGGUGGUGGUGGAGGUGCCUGGGGGAUGGGGAGUCCCAGGAGCCCUAGGACCGUGGAGAUGACAGAGCCCACCUCGUUCGGGUCCACUGACACACACUCCUUCAAGGACGAGGGCGCCGUUCAGUCUGACUAUGCAGACCUCUGGCUCCUCAACGACUUGAAAUCCAAAAGUAACGGCGACCCCUACGGCUCGUUGUCCAACUCCAGCACUGCUACGGGUACUACUGUUAUUGAAUGCAUCAAGUCGCCGGUGGACAGCUCCUCUCCCGGGGGAGAGACCCAGGCAUUGAUGCAUUCCUCUGGCUCUGGUUCCAGCUCCUCCAGGCCCACCUCCCCUCCUCUUCCCCCCAGGGAUGGAGACUUCAAGCUGGGCUCUCCUGAGAAGCUGGCCGGCCUCGCCUCACCCUCCAGCGGAUACUCCAGCCAAUCUGAGACGCCCACGUCUUCGUUCCCGUUAGCGUUCUUCCCAGGCCCGCUCUCUCCGACCAGCGGGAAACGGAAACCCAAAGUCCCCGAGAGGAAGUCUUCUCUCUCCUCGCUGCAGCACCAGGCCCAGACCCAGUUCUCUAGCUCUGCCUCCGGAUCCUCCUCUUCCUCUUCCUCUUCCUCUUCCUCGUCAUCCAGGAAAGACUAUGACUUCCCGGCUCCACCCACCCAGCUGGACUUAAGUGCUCUUCACAGCGCCCACGGCAGCCGACCACUACCCACUCUGGCCAACCGGACCCACAUGCACACGCUGCACCAGAACAAGCAGAAGGCAGCAGCAGCAGAGGCCCGGACCACCGCGGGUAACACUGCAGCCGCUAACGCUAAUGCUAGUGCUAAUGCUAGUGUUAAUGCUAGUGCUAACGCUAACGCUAGUUCAGCCUCCUCUGGGUUUAUCUAUGGAUCCACUCUGACUCCAGAGGCCCCACUUGCUGCCAACCCCAUGGCCCUGGCCAUCACCCCAACGGUGCUGCGCUCGGUCCAGCUGCGCUCCACCGGCCACAGGGCCACCGAUGGUUCUCAGCCCCAGGCUCAGGGUGCUCAGUGUGCUCAGGGCCAGGAGCCUCCACCACCACCACAAGCAUGGGCCCACGAGGCUCCAGGGGCCUCUGCCACCAGACCCAAGAUGCCCAGUGUAACCAUCGUCACCCCCCACUCUGACACCAACACCAGGCCCCUGCCACCCAGGAGACCCAUCGCCCAGAAACCCCCGCCACCACCGAUCCAGGACUCCCACCACCCUACUCAGGAGCACCACCACCGCUCUGUACCCCAGCCCCAGCACCACCCCACCCCCAUGCAGCACCCGGACGGCCCCCCGCCCUACGAGAGCCUGGCCAGGCACCGGCAGGACCGCUACAGCCCCGGAACCUUCUGGGCCAUGACGGCGUUCCGGACUUGCCCCGCGGAACCUAUGGAACCCGAGGAACCCAUGCACCGAGCUCCGCCGCCAACUCCGGAACCCGUGGUUCCUACCACACACCCGGAGUGCCACGUGUUAGGGGAGCGGACCGAGGAUGAAGAAGAGGAGGAGGAGGAAGAGCAAGAUAGAGAGAUAUCAAGGGUUAUGAGUCACAGUCAAGGCCUCAUUAGAGAAUAUCGAGAAUAUCAUCAAAGAGAUCAUCCAAGAGAACCACCGACGUACGAGACGCUAGAGGAGUCCCACUCAUAUCAGUCCCAAUCACAUUAUCACAGCCAGUCACAGACACAGUCCUGUCACAGUCACAUGGUCCGGAGGUGGGACUUGGGCCCAAGCAGCAGUCCUGACAAAGUGCCUGGUGUAACUGUGGAAGCAUCACACCCUUACUCAAUCAGCCAUGUGAGAGAUCUGAGAGGUGGUGGUGAGGACCACUAUGAGAUGGCAUCAUCAGGGGUUCCUACCAGAAGUGCCUCUCAGGAUAGCAGCAGAGAUGACUCCACCACACCGGACACAGAGGACUACUUCAGCAAAGAGUCUACUAGUCCCAGUGAUAACUCACUCUCUCCUCUGACUGACGAAACAACCAAACUUGAUGAUGAUGUCGUCUUCAUGUCGCCCAGCAAAUCACGUACUACUGAAGACCUGUUCGCCAUGAUCCACAGGUCCAAGAGGAAAGUCCUGGGCCGUAAGGACUCUGGAGAGCUGAGUGUGAAGAGCCGUCUGUGUCCUCCUCCGGCUGCCGUCGUUCCCCCUGCAGCUAUCCUCCCAGCCGCCCCCCACCACCCCCUCAUCACCCCCCCCGCCCCAGCCCUCUCCACCCUGACCCUGGCCGGGACCCAGCGCACCCCAGGACCCAUCUACCGCAGCGCCAAGAAGUCCAGCACCUCCAACGAGGAGUUCAAGCUGCUUCUCCUAAAGAAGGGCAGCCGGACUGAUUCCAGCUACCGCAUGUCUGCUACAGAGAUCCUCAAGAGCCCCAUCGCCCCCAAGUCCCCUGGGCACCCCUUGGCUGCGGAGGGCCAGGUCAGGUACCCCACCGAGGAGCCCCCCUCUCCCCUCCAGGAGCCGUCAUUGCAGGGGGCCGGGGAGCAACUCUUUCCCCCCAGCCACUUCCCCAGGCCCAGUUCGGACAGCUUCAGCCCCAAAACACCUCCCACGUCGGCUUCGUCAAGACAGGGGCGCUCCCGGAUCCCCCCUGCAGCCAAUAGUAGUCGCUACAGCACCCGUAGCCGGCUCUAUACGGCGCCCAUGCAGGUCAUAUCAGAGGGGGAGACGGAAAACUCAGAUGGGAGUCCUCAUGAUGAUCGCUCCUCGUAAAUAAAAGGCAUGCUCAGUGCAGAAACAUCUACCCUGUUCUUUAUUUGGUAUACUACUUUUGACCAGGGCCCAUAUAGGGAAUAGGGUCCCAUUUGGGGCGUAGACGUAUUGAUAUGGAUCUGGUUCAGUGUUGUUACUGUUCUUAUCUACUGAGUACUGAUGGAUACACACAGCAAAAACAAAGAGUGGCUAACCAGAGAGAGAGACUCUACUCUGGACUACCUGCCUGGGGAUUGGACAUCUAUGUGCAGAACUGAAGAACACAACUUUGUGUUUUGUUCAGUGUAAAGAAAGACAGAAUGUCUUGUUUUGAACUUUGAACUCCGUUUUUUAAAUAACCCAAGAUCCUGUAUUGAGCGAAACGUGGACAAGAGGAGAGAAAUGGAGGGGUAAGACGACCUGUGUGUGGAACAUCCAUCAUCAUUUUUUAUCUUCUUGGAUGUUGGAUAACUUGUAUGUUGUGUCCUAACAUGACCCUAAAAUAACUGCUUUCCAAAAUAAUUCAAUUUCUCUCAACACUUACCCAGAGGACAGGUAAUUAUUUAAACCACUAAACAAAAUAUUCCCAGUCGACAAAAUGAAUAAGCUAUACGUUUUCUAUGCUACUGCUCCUAACACAAAACAAUGGAUUGUGAUCACUAUUGAGAACCAUGUGUCAAAGUAUUGUUUUACCAAGAGUGAGUUAACAACACACGUAGGCCUACAUACCAUUCUAUCAUAGAUAAACUAUACAUUGAGAAAUAGGAAUAUGAGUUGUGACCAAUGCCCCUAGAAGCGCUCUCAAUGCAGGGAUUCCUGGCAGUGACACAUAAGGGAAAUAUUUGGUCUUCUUAAAGUUAUUUGGUGCAGAUGUCAAGGUGUCAGAAGAGAUGAUUGGGCUAACCUGCUGGGACAAUCGUACUGUGGCCUUUCUGUGCUGGAGGGCCAAGCAUGCAGGGCAUUCACUGACUAUUCUGAAGGAGAUACAGGUUUUUUGGAGUAGAAAAACAAACAGAGAGUGAAAAGCUAUCGAGGGUCUUUACUACUAAUGUUUGGCUAGCUAGCUGGGGGGUUGAAAUGGAUUGGGUUUUCAAAGACGAACUUCUCCUUUGCACUUCAUCAUUAUGAAUUCUUCAAGAAUAUUCCUUGAAAAAAAUUAAACAAAUCUUAUAAUGGAAAAUUCCUAUUGUGUAUAUUUGUAUUGAAUAUAAAGAACAUAGCUAUAUGAAGAGACGUACAAAACAUUUUAUAACGACACAAACCCAUCAUGUGUAGCAGCGUGGGGUGGGGACAUACAAAUAUCAUUCUAGAAUGUAUAAUGACUACAUUCUAGAAUGACUAGAUUCUAGAUUCUGUUUCUAUGGGGGGGGGCUGCACUCUUUCCGUAGUUCCGUAUCAUCAGUAGCCAGGGGCACGUCACAAAGCCCAACACAUUAAUCAUACUACCUUAUUAAGAGAAACAACAAAUCAUCUGUCCUCGUGAAAAUAUCGGUUGAAUCUUUUUUUGUUGUUGUUGUUGAUUUCACUCAAAUGUUAUGCUUCUGUCUAGUGUUUUUCAGGUUUUAAACUAAUUCAACAUACAAAUGGGUUAUACAUUUUAAGUUAUGACAUUCUGGUGCACAGACCAAUCUUGAAGAGUUGUGUUUCUACAUUGAAAAACAAACUGUAGAUCAAUGAAGUCACUCAAUGUGUUCUAUGAAUACCUCUGCAACCAUAUUACUGUUCAUUUGUACAGAUCUAACAUAGAGAUAAAUAGAUAAAAUGACAAAUGUUUAAAAUACUCAGCGAAUUUGAAUUGCAGAACUAACUGAACUGACACUGUGUAAGAGGUUAUAGGAGGAAAAAGCUGUGAACUAAUUAGAAUUUUACAUGAUCUAUCAUUAAUGAAUAUCCGUUGCUGCAGAACACUGGGGUGUCCGUAGUUUUAUUAGUAUUUUCAUCUAUCGCAUGCAAUAAAAAAAAACACCAUAUCAUUUUCAAGAGGGAAAAUAUCUGUUAGAGAUACUACCACGAGAAAAGAUAUCGUAUUUUCAGUUUCAUUUUUGAAUAUGUAAAGUUUAGUGUAAUUGAAUAUAUGUACAAAAUGUUUGACAAUUCUGUUUUGUAUAGUUGUGUUCAUGGACAGGGGGGUAUCUUGUACUGUAAAAUGAACAAAAAAUGACUGGACAAUCAAACAGAGAAUUUGGGGAAGCUAUGUAUGUAGAGAAAGAAAGCUAUAAGAGUACGUAGGUUCCAGGCAAGGGAUGAGGAAGUUCUGGAGUUAGUUAUCAGUUAAAAGAUCCAGGGUGAAAUCCUUGUGAGUGUCAGAUGAAUUGAGCUUGAGAUGGGACGGGAGGUAGGGUGUGUGUGUGCGCGUGUGUGUGUGCGUGCACAUCUGUGUGUGUAUGUGUUACAUGGACAGAGAGCAGAGCAGGUAGCGGUAGGGUUGGUGUUAGGUAGGGCAACGCACUACAAUUCCUCCCUGUACUCUUAGAAAAAAAGGUGCUAUCUAGAACCUGAAAGGGUUUUUCGGCUGUCGAAAUAGGAUAACUCUUUGAAGAACCCUAUUUGGUUCCAAGUAGAACCCUUUUAGUUCUAGGUAGAACCCUUUUGUGUUCCAUGUA